AUGAUCAAUGCCACAGAUAAUGGAGGAUUAUGCACCCAGUGUGCCGAGACCGACUUUAAACGCCUCUCCAAGUUGAAUUACUCCCAAAGUGCUUUUGUAAGGCACCUCGGCUCAAUUGAGGCACUCAAAGCCUCCAACUGUCGAUUAUGCCGCUUUUUCGCCACUUUUGCACCGCGCAGUGCGCCAGCCGGACUGGCAUUCGAGGAUUUCGACCUGCGAGUUUUUAAUACGAAUUGGGUCUUUACGGGCUCGGCCCGUGAGCCAGCAAGGAAAAACCUGUUAGGCGUUGUGCCCUCUAACUGGGGCUCUAAUGCUAUCCAUGGGGGAGACAUGGCAAAGAUUCGUCUGGCUAUGGAAGAGACUGGGUACCUGAGCUUGGAGCCAUCAGUAGAGGACACACCGAUGGUCACAAAAGUCAACAGAGUAAAUCCCAGAAGCUUUGACGUCGAAAUGGUUAAGAGUUGGAUAUCAUACUGCGAGGAUAAUCACUCGACGCGAUGCCAUGACCCGAUGGCUGUUGACCCUCCCGGUCUGCAUGUUCUUGAUUGCCGCACUCGCCAAGUUAUCUUUGCCCCCAUUGGAUGCCGAUACGUAUCAUUGUCUUACGUAUGGGGAUGUUCAACACCUAAAUUAGUGAAAAGGCAACCGCCUAAGGCUAGGUUCGAAAAGGUCAUUGAGGACAGCAUAGCUGUUACCUUGAUGAUGGGAAUGCGGUACCUUUGGGUUGAUCGGCUGUGUAUAGACCAGACCGACAGGAAAAAGCAACGUCAUCAGAUUAAUCAGAUGGAUCUCAUAUAUGCCCGGUCCGCCUUGACAAUCAUUGCAGCUGCUGGAUACGGUCCGGAACGUGGGUUGCCUGGGGUAAACGGAACCUUUCGAAAUCCACAGAGACAGAUAACCAUCCAAGAUGGCACAACUUUGAUAUCUACUUUGCCAAUUGGGAGGUAUCUGGUCCAGAAGUCUAA